AUGCCACGAACGCCCCCGUCAGGCUUGCUGAGCGCCGUCAAGCGGGCUGCGGCGAUCCCCGUGGCGAUGUCAGGUGGGACGUCGGCGCUGGCCAACUGGGACGCAGCUUCCGCGAGCAACUCCAUGGCCUCCACGUCCUGCAACAACAGUUUGAGGUGCUCGGCUCUCAUGCCCGACAGGCCGGCUGCGCCACCUCGAUGUGUUUCCCGGAGCGCAGAUGCCACUGCUCCAGUUGCCAACCUGAUCGGUUGCUGGGGCUGGUGUUGCAGGACCUCUUCCGGGAUUUCGCGGCGCAGCUCGGGAGGUCGACGUGGUGGCUUCCGUGCCGGGUGCUAUUUCGGCAGCCGCGAGGACUUGGCGUGCUCAGAACACUUCCCCUUGGCGCACCUUGGCACAGGCGCGUCGGCGCUCACGUUCGCCGGCGCCAUCCCGCUGCGGCUCGUUCCGGGACGUCGGCUGCUGGGCAGCUUGGCGGGCAGACCGAAGCAGCUGUGGCCACUCGCCUCGCUGGAACUUA